AUUGGUCAGUCGACGUGUCAGUCGUAACGAGACGCACCAAAAAGUCUCGAGGGCUCGCGUCUGAAACUGAACAGGAAGUCGGCCAUUUUGCUCGGAAGCAGCCCGUUUUUUGGAAACAUUCUCGCCACCGGUUUUACCCAUCGACACGAAAUCGGGCGGACAUGUCAGUCGUUACGAGAGUCUCGAGGACUCGCGCCGAAAAUUGAACAGGAAGUCGGCCAUUUUGGUCGGAAAAGACCAUUUCGUGUUCAUUUUCCAACUCGGGAGUCCGUCUUAAUGUAUAUGAUGAGUAUGAAUAUAAAUGCGUCAAGUUUUAUACGUGAUUAGUAUUGAUGUGUAUUUUUAAAUGUGUAUUCGUGAUGACAUAUACAAAUAAUUGUGUUUGUGUGUCGGAUUUAGUCGCAUUUGGAAUUCAAGCGGCAGCUGGUGAGUCCAAAACGCCGUCGUCGUCGACGACGGCGCGGCUGUCUGUCGUCAUGACGAUACUCCCUCACCCUCAUCGGCUGGCGCCCCCCCCCCCGCUCUCUCUCUCUCUCUCUCCCUCCCUCUCUCUCAUCCCUCCUUCCUGCCGCGCAUCUUGCUCAGAGAGGCUGUUCCGUCCACGGCGUGUGCUCGGGCUCAACUCCGUCUCUCCGCUGACUCCCGUUGUGCAGCCACGACGUCCCGCAGGCGACGGAUCCUUCUUCUUGUGCGCGGUCUUCCUCAUGUUGUUUUCCGCGCCGCUUUUGAGGGUCGAGGCGCACGCUCCUGACGCGCCGGGGCGAGGAAGGGCCAUCCGGGAGCCAGGUGCCAAGCGUCCGUCGUCGGUGUCGUCGCUGCGCGGGAUGGCGUCGUCGGGCGAGCGAGGAGCGUCGACGUCUUGCGCGUCGGUGGACACGGUUUGCUCCGACCGCGAGCGUCCGGCCUCCCUGUCCCUGUCGUCGUCCGCCUCGUCUGCGUCCCUGCGGGACGCCUCGCGCUCCUCGUCGUCCUCAUCCUCGUCUUCCUCGCUGCCGUACGGCGCCGUGCCCGCCUAUGACGCCUCGUCGCCAUCGUCGUCCGCGCCCGAGAGGAACGGCUCCGACAUCAGCCUGGACCUCACGCCGCUGCUCGCGGGAGGAGGCGCCCGGGCCGCCGCGCCCGGGCCGGGGCGGCCGUCCCGGCUGGAGAGGGUCGUCAUGGAGAUCGUGGAGACGGAGCAAGCCUACGUCAGGGACCUCAAGAGCAUCGUGGAGGACUACCUGGGUUGCAUCAUCGACUGCGGCGCGCUUCCACUGAACCCGGAGCAGGUCAGCAGUCUGUUCUGCAACAUCGAGGACAUCUACGAGUUCAACAGUGAACUGCUGGAGGACCUGGAGAGAAGUCAGCACGCCGCCGCCAUCGCCGACUGCUUUGUGGAAAGGAGUGAAGCGUUUGACAUCUACACGCUGUACUGCAUGAACUACCCCACUUCCGUGUCCGUCCUGAGGGAGUGCAUGAAGAACCCGGGCCUGGUCCGCUUCUUCCAGGAGAGGCAGGCCACCCUCAACCACUCGUUACCUCUGGAGACGUACCUCCUCAAACCCGUGCAGCGCAUCCUCAAGUACCACCUCCUCCUCCAGGAACUGGCCAAGCACUCGGACAAGAGCGAGCCGGGCUACGCGGCGGUGGAGGACGCCAUCAUCACCAUGACGGCGGUGGCCUGGUACAUCAACGACAUGAAGCGCAAACAGGAGCACGCCGUGCGCUUGCAGGAAAUCGAGUCGCUGCUGGUGAAUUGGAGCGGUCCCGACCUGAGCGGCUUCGGCGAGCUGGUUCUGGAAAGUUCCUUCAAGGUCCACAAGGUGAAGAAGGAGCGCGCCUUCUUCCUGUUCGACAAGAUGCUGCUGAUCGCCAAGAAGCGAGUGGAGCGCUUUGUGUACAGCACGCACAUCUUUUGCUGCAAUCUCCUGCUGGCGGACACCCUCAAGGACCCUCUGUGCUUCCGAGUGUCCGACCUGAUGAUCCCCAAACAGCAGCACGUCGUCCAGAGCAAAAACAUGGAGGAGAAGAGGCUGUGGGUUCACUACCUCAAGAAACUCAUUUUGGAAAACCAUCCGGCUUCUCUUCCACACAAGGCCAGACAGGUCCUCGGAGACAACUGCUGCCAGUCCCCGCAGUUUGAUCGGGAGCACCUGAAGACGUUUUCUUGCGCUUCUCCGCGCCUGGACAACAUUCACGCUCACCACCGAGGACGACGUCAGUCAGAACCGCCCGAACUGCUAACGUACACGCCUGAAAAAAGCAGGAAGAGUUUGCCGCCGCUACUGGAGGGAAAUCUGCCUUACAGACGAACCAGGAGACGCUCAGGUACGCCAAAGGACAACUUGAAGUCGAACAGGAGAGUGGACUUCAAAGAAACGGGGCGACGUCAAAGAAUGUCGCCGGCUACGUUGGAAUUCGACGUUACAACAAUGGACGCGCCUCCGUCCCCGCUUCGUCGGCCGUUCAAACAAGCGAGCCUCCUUUAAACUACCGCUUCGCCGCCACGUCUGCUUCUGCAGCAACCCGCUUCCUCCGGUGUCGUAAACGGGAUCGAGUGCAACGUACGCUGCGCUGUCUUUGUGCAGCUAUACAAGCUCGCCGUUCACUGCGGCCGUACAGCCGCUCGCUCGGCGUGCGGACGAUGAUCGCGAGGCCCGGCCGUCAUUCCCCCUCGUCUGCUUUUCGUGUCUCGUUUCCGGAUGACGCCGGCGUUCGAUGGCCGUCGGGAGACGAGGAAGUCGCGGCCGAGGGAAACUCUUCCCAGUCUGCGUUCCUCCACGUCAGGACAGGCACCAGCGGCGUUACGACGCUCAAAGUUAUCAUCGCGUGGAUAAAAGUUCGCGGGGUCACCGGCAAGUUCGCUUCCUCACACGGCUACGGAUCAAUAAAAGCAAUCCGAAGAGAUAAGUAAGGACGUGGAGUAGGAACGCUAGCGGUCACACGCGCCGGCAGCCGAGCGGUCCUCGGAAAGACGUACGCGUCCUUUUGCGGCAAUUCAUUAGGAUUGUUUUCAUUGACACGGUCAUUAUUCUGCGACUAUUUCCUGCAAAAUAAUAUGUUCAGUGAGCUUUUUACAACCACGCGCAGCCCGUUGCUCGAUAAAUGCGUCGUUUGCGGCGCGCCACCGAUGAAUCGGGCAUUCGCUAAAUAUACAAAUUCAAAUUCCGGAAAAUACAGCAAGCCGUUAGAGAAGCCGACAGGCUUAAUCGGCAUUGUGUCAUCUCCUCUCGGCUUGGGUGAAAAGGACUUUUUCUUUUUGAAAACCAUUGCAGAUUUGCAGACACAUGAAGAAGACGUUGACGUGGACAUAAAAGCCACGUGGCAACUGUAAAAGUAAACUUUUCUAGUCAUCUGGACAGACAGUUGGAGAUGUAAAAGUAGCCAUCGAGACAUCCAUCUAUUUUCCGUACCGCUUUAUCGCGGGCGUGCUGGAGCUUAUCCCGGCCAUCUUCGGACCAGAGGCGAGGUACGCCCUCAACUGGUCGCCGGCCAAUCGCAGACCAUAAAGACAGUUGAGACAUCUAAGUAGGGACAAUUGGAGAGGUGCAUUUAAAAAUGUGUGAAGACAAAGUAGAAUUCCAGAUAUGUGGGGACAAAAGUAGAGAUUAAAGAUGCUUAGGCUGAAAAAAACAAGUAGACAAAGACAAUCUGAAAUACAAAAGUAAACAAAGACAAAGAAACACAAAGUUGACGA